AUGGUGAAGGCAAGGAAGUACGUGGUUAAAAAACAUUUCGAGGGUUUACCUAAACGUGAGGACUUUGACAUUGUGGAGUACGAACUGCCUCCGAUCAAAAAUGGAGAAAUCCUCGUCAAAGUUGAGUGGGUGAGUGUGGACCCAUACUUACGAGCAUACAACUCGCGCUUCCCAGUUCCAUACGAUCAGUUCGGUUUCCAAGUAGGAAUAGUUGAAGACUCCAAAGAUCCUAGAUAUCCCGUCGGUACCAGGGUGGUUUCCCACAAAGGAUGGUGUGACUACUGCAUCAUUAAUACAACUGAUACUAAUGUUGAACCGGCUGAAAUACCUCACAAAUUACCUAACUUGAAAGGACUAUCUAAUUCUCUGGGUGUUGGUGCCGUUGGUAUGCCAGGAUGCACUGCGUACUUUGGAUUCCUAGAACUUUGCCAGCCUAAGGCUGGCGAGACAGUUGUUGUGUCGGGCGCUGCCGGAGCUGUGGGCUCUCUGGUCGGACAGAUCGCGAAGAUCAAGGGCUGCAAGGUGAUUGGCUUUGCUGGUUCUGAUGAUAAACUUAAGUGGCUCGAAGAGAUCGGUUUUGAUAAAGCUAUCAACUACAAGACUGCCGAUAUUGCAAAGGCUCUGAAAGAAGCUGCUCCCAAUGGCGUCGACUGUUACUUUGACAAUGUUGGUGGUGAGCUCAGCAGUGCAAUUAUAAACCAAAUGAAUGAAUUCGGAAGGGUAUCAGUCUGUGGUGCUAUCAGUUCGUACAAUGACGCUGAACUGCCAAAGUCAACCAUCCUUCAACCAGCUUUAGUAUCGAAACAACUAAGGAUCGAAGGCUUUAUAGUGUGGCGGUGGUACAGCCGACACUCAGAAGCGUUCGCCGAAUUAACCAAAUGGAUUGUGAGCGGAGAGUUGAAGCCUAGAGAGCACAUCACUGAAGGAUUUGAGAAUAUGGUCGAUGCUUUUGUGGGAAUGUUAAAAGGUGACAAUUAUGGAAAAGCUGUUGUUAAAUUGUAA